AUGACUAUCGACAAUUAUCUUAAGCUUACUUCGGUGCUUGUUCACAACUUCUUGGGCUCACUAUACCCUUCCAAAUCGAAAUACGAUCAGAAACAAAUUACCAGCACUGACAAACUAGUCCAGUACAACUUGGUUGACAAAGACAACAACGACAACAUUGUGCUUGUCACCUCAAUUUCAGAAUUAUCCGAAACGUCGGUACUUGUCAAUUUUAUUUUUGAAGGCGAAUCUACCAAGACUAUUGACAAUUUACUUGUAGAUUGGACAGACAGCGACUUGGCUGCCCUUGAAAUCAGAUUUCCUUUGUCCGAACUUAAUUUGCCACAGAGUAUAAUCAAUGGCUUCAAUAAAAAGGUAAAAUCGUUAGCAAUCUGUGCCAACUUAGACGAGCUCUUUGCAGCUGACCAAUCACGUUUGCGUAGACUUUCAGCCAUUUCGCCUCCUCCACACUCUUCUCCAAACCCAUUGGAAAACGAGGCUGACUUGUUGGAUUCCAAGUUGCCCAAAUCCUCUCUUAUUUCAGAUCCUCCAGUGCACCGCCGUCCCAAUGACAUGCCUGAUUUCGAAGACGAGUUGGAAAUCAGAGGCUCUGCUUCAGGCUUUGGACCUUCUUCUUCUGUGCUCCCAGCUAUCGGUGACAGAGAUUUGAACCCUCCAGGAUUGCCUAGACACCCUGAGAUGAAACCGUUUGUAGAUCCACUCGCUCAAGGUGGAAAUGACGGGGGUAUGUAUCCUUCUCUAGAUCACCCCGUCUUUGGUGGCAGACACGAAGGUGGUAACACCCUGAGAUUAGGUGUACCUCCAGGGGCUAGAUUCGAUGAUCCAUAUGGUGAGGACAAUCUCGAUUCCCUUGGAAGCGGUUUACCAGGAAACUUGAGAGGUGGCAGCUUUGGGAGCGGAGGCAGUGGCAAUACUGGAUUCCCAGGAUUUGGGGGAUCUGGUGGCGGCGGCUUUUCAUUUUAA